AUGUCGAGAUAUUCGCUCCGUCAGACCCCGAGGAAGAAGGAACUCUUCGAUGGCAUGGUCGAAACGCCCGUGAUGCGGCGCUCGUCGCGUCGCCAAUCGUCCUUCCCCCGUGAACUCUCGGACCCCGACAACGACUCCAGCUCUGCCGCCGAGACGCGGACGCGCACUCGGUCCGUCCGCCGCCGCCGCACCGCCGGCAAAUUCGCCGAGGAUCUGGACGACGAGGACGCCAGCACAGACGCCGCCAUCAACGGCAAUGGCCACACGUCCAAAGCCUCCAAUGAAGAGCUCGUUGUUGACGGGUGGAAACCAGGCCAGAACCCCAAGGUCGACUACUCGGGCGAGUUGGAGUUUGGCGGCUCCCUGGGCACCACGCUCAUGAUGCUCCUCUUCCCCAUCCUUAUGUGGUACAUGUGGAUUGGCGCGACAUACUACAAUGGCAAAUUCCCCUCGAGGAAUCCGGGCCAGACCUGGCUGGGCUUCGCCGCCGAGAUGGCCAGCCUUGUCUACACGGGCGCGUUCCCCCACGCCAAGGCCUGGCUCUGGUAUUGGUCCUACCUCCUCUUCCAAGCCGCCUGCUACUGCCUCCUCCCCGGCGUAUGGAGCUAUGGAAAACCACUACCCCACGACAACAACAAGCAGCUCCCGUACUUUUGCAAUGCCUACGUCAGCCUCUACUUUACCCUCGCCGUCCUUGCCGCCCUGCACUUCACCGGCAUCUGGCCGCUGUACCGGGCCAUUGACGAGUUUGGCCCUCUUCUGUCCGUCGCCAUUCUGACCGGCUUCCUCGUCAGCAUUGUCGCCUACGUCUCUGCCAUCUACCGGGGCAAGCAGCACCGCAUGACCGGCCGUGUUAUCUACGACUUCUUCAUGGGCGCCGAGCUCAAUCCCCGCAUGUUUGGCAUCCUCGACUUCAAAAUGUUCUUCGAGGUGCGCAUGCCCUGGUACAUCCUGCUCAUCCUGAGCCUGGGUGCUGCCGCUCGCCAGUACGAACGCUACGGCUACGUCUCGGGCGAGGUCAUGUUCCUUGUCAUGGCCCACUACCUCUAUGCCAACGCCUGCGCCAAGGGCGAGGAGCUCAUCGUCACCACCUGGGACAUGUACUACGAGAAGUGGGGAUUCAUGCUCAUCUUCUGGAACCUGGCCGGAGUCCCCCUCUCCUAUUGCCAUUGCACCCUCUUCCUCGCCAACCACGAUCCCGCCGAGUAUCACUGGAACCGCUGGGCCCUGGCCAUGAUGUACAUUGCCUACCUCUUCUGGUACUGGGUCUGGGAUAGCUGCAACAGCCAGAAGAACCGCUUCCGCGCCAUGGAGAGGGGCAAGCUCGUCGGCCGCAACACGUUUCCCCAGGUCCCGUGGCAGACUCUCCACGACCCCAAGACGAUCGAGACGCCCCAGGGCACCAUCCUCGUCGACGGCUGGUACGGCCUGGCCAGAAAAAUCCACUACACGGCCGACACGUGGUUCGCCAUCUCCUGGGGGCUGGUUACCGGAUUUCAGAGCCCGUUUCCGUGGUUCUAUCCCGUGUUCUUCUGCUGCAUGAUUGCUCACCGUGCUUCGCGAGACAUCCACCGCUGCCGCAAAAAGUACGGCGAUGCCUGGCUGGAGUACGAGCGAACUGUGCCGUACCUCUUCAUACCUUACGUCAUCUAG